ACUCUCUCUCUCUCUCUCUCUCUCUCUCUCUCUCUCUCUCUAUCUCUUCAUUCUGCUUCUUUCUUUCUCCAUUACUUUCCCUUGUAUCAAACCUGCAUUGUUUCUGUUUCUGAUGAAAAGGGAAUUGACGAACGUGUGGUGUUUUCAUUGUUGAGCUUCGUGGUGAUGUAUAAAAGGGUUGUGUUAUCCUGAAAUCUUUUGGGUGAAGGGAGUUUUUGUUGAUGAAAACAGAGUGGGAGGUUUGAGCAAAGUGUGUUUCUCUGACAUUCCAGCUCUGCUUUUGCUUCCGAGGGAAGCAAAAAUUAAAAGAGAUAUUCUUGUGCUUUUCGCAAAGGAGGAAAAGAAAAAGCCUAUAUAUACCCCUCAACAGAUCUUCAUUUUUCUCUCAAAAUCUUUCCCCUGUUUUUGCUUUUGUUUAACACUGAAAUGGAGCAGUUCUCAUCGAGUACGCUGUUGCCCGACACGUUUGCGGGCGGUAGAGGUGAUAUGACUGAGCAAUUCUUGGUAAUAUGGAGCCAGAUCAGGGCGCCGUUGAUCGUCCCUUUGCUUAGAGUUGCUGUGUUUUUGUGCUUGGCAAUGUCGGCCAUGUUGUUCGUUGAGAGGGUGUACAUGGCAGUUGUCAUUACUCUGGUGAAGCUCUUUGGUCGGAAGCCCGACAAACGCUACAAAUGGGAGCCAUUGAAGGACGAUUUGGAGCUCGGGAACUCGGCUUACCCCAUGGUUCUUGUUCAAAUUCCAAUGUACAAUGAGAAGGAGGUGUAUCAGCUCUCAAUCGGAGCUGCAUGUGGGCUUUCUUGGCCAUCUGAUCGGAUUAUCAUUCAAGUUCUCGAUGAUUCAACUGACCCCAUCAUCAAGAAUUUGGUGGAAAUGGAGUGCCAGAGAUGGGCAAGCAAGGGAAUAAACAUCAAGUACGAAAUUCGGGACAACAGGAAUGGUUACAAAGCCGGGGCAUUGAAGGAAGGCCUGAAGCACUCGUACGUGAAGCAAUGUGACUACGUUGCCAUUUUCGACGCGGAUUUCCAACCUGAACCUGAUUUCCUUUGGCGAACCAUACCCUUUCUAGUUCACAACUCCCAACUCGCCCUCGUUCAAGCCCGCUGGAAAUUCGUAAAUGCUGAUGAAUGCUUGAUGACAAGAUUGCAAGAAAUGUCACUGGACUAUCAUUUCACUGUGGAGCAAGAAGUUGGUUCCUCCACAUAUGCUUUCUUUGGCUUCAAUGGAACUGCUGGUGUGUGGAGAAUUGCAGCAAUUAAUGAGGCCGGAGGAUGGAAGGAUCGGACGACGGUUGAGGAUAUGGACUUGGCUGUCCGGGCUAGUCUCAAAGGAUGGAAAUUCUUGUAUCUUGGUUCUCUCAAGGUGAAAAACGAAUUGCCAAGCACGUUCAAGGCGUACCGCUACCAACAGCACCGUUGGUCGUGUGGCCCUGCCAAUCUGUUCAGAAAAAUGCUUGUCGAGAUUAUAAGGAACACGAAAGUAUCAUUGUGGAAGAAGGUUCAUGUGAUAUACAGUUUCUUCUUCAUAAGAAAGAUUGUAGCCCAUAUAGUCACAUUCGUGUUCUAUUGCGUUGUACUGCCUGCUACUGUGUUAGUACCUGAAGUCCAGAUUCCCAAGUGGGGAGCCGUUUACGUACCUUCAAUCAUCACCCUUCUCAAUGCAGUUGGAACUCCAAGAUCACUCCAUUUGCUCGUUUUUUGGAUCCUUUUCGAGAACGUAAUGUCUCUGCACCGCACAAAAGCUACCUUCAUUGGCUUGCUGGAGGCCGGGAGAGUGAAUGAGUGGAUCGUCACUGAGAAACUCGGUGAUGCUCAUAAACUGAAAUCAGCACUCAAAGCUUUCAGACGACCUCGCUUCCGACUUGGAGAAAGAAUCCAUUUGUUAGAGCUUGCAACUGGCGGAUACCUCUUCUUCUGCGGUUGCUACGACAUCGUGUUCGGGAAGAAUCACUAUUUCAUCUACCUCUUCCUUCAGGCAACCGCCUUCUUCAUCAUGGGAUUUGGCUAUAUUGGCACUUUUGUCCCCUCUUAGGACAAACGUUACACGAGGAAUCGCUCGUUAUUUUGUUUUUCUGUUUAUUAAUAGCUGUGGAUGUGCGUCGUCCGUUGCUGGAUCAGCACAGCGACGUGGAAGCAGCAAAGCGUCUGCAUGGGAGUUCUUGCUUCCAUUUGGUUUUGUUACAUUUUAUACUGUUUCUUUGUAGAAAGAAUGGUAUUCUUUUAGGUUUGAGCAUAAGAGUUCGAGCUGAGGACUUGAAUGGAAUAUGUCUUUCUUGUGUAUAUUUCUCAAAGUGAAAAAUUUACUUGGAAUGAAUUAUUACACAUGAAAAAUGAGAAACAAAGCUGUCAUGAGCCCACAUGGUCUUUGUUCCUAUUUCCAAAACUAAGCACUGCAACAAUGAUAAUAAGUGUGCAAGAAA